CUUUUCUUUUUGCAGUAAAAUUCCUGGAAAUAAUUAAACCGUUCUGCGGCAUAUUGCCGGAGAUCGCGAAACCGGAACGUAAGAUCCAGUUCCGCGAGAAGGUACUAUGGACGGCAAUCACCCUGUUCAUCUUCCUCGUCUGCUGCCAGAUCCCGCUGUUCGGCAUUAUGAGUUCCGAUUCGGCCGAUCCCUUCUACUGGAUACGUGUCAUUCUAGCGUCGAACCGUGGCACACUGAUGGAGCUCGGUAUUUCACCGAUCGUAACGUCCGGUUUGAUUAUGCAGCUGUUGGCUGGUGCGAAAAUUAUCGAGGUCGGUGAUACGCCCAAGGAUCGGGCACUGUUUAACGGAGCCCAGAAGCUGUUCGGCAUGGUGAUCACCAUCGGACAGGCGAUCGUGUACGUAAUGACGGGCAUGUACGGUGAUCCGGCGGAAAUUGGUGCGGGCGUGUGUUUGCUCAUUAUCAUCCAACUGUUUGUGGCCGGAUUGAUUGUGCUGCUGUUGGAUGAGUUGCUGCAGAAGGGAUACGGGCUUGGCAGCGGUAUUUCGCUGUUUAUUGCUACGAACAUUUGCGAAACAAUCGUGUGGAAAGCGUUCUCGCCUGCUACCGUCAAUACGGGCCGAGGAACCGAGUUCGAGGGUGCUGUCAUUGCGUUGUUCCAUCUGCUGGCCACGCGUCAGGAUAAGGUGCGAGCACUGCGGGAAGCUUUCUACCGUCAAAAUCUACCGAAUCUGAUGAACCUGCUGGCGACGGUGCUCGUGUUUGCGGUGGUCAUAUACUUCCAAGGCUUCCGUGUGGAUCUACCGAUCAAGUCGGCCCGGUACCGCGGACAGUACAGCAGCUACCCCAUCAAGCUGUUCUACACGUCGAACAUUCCGAUCAUUCUGCAGUCGGCGCUCGUAUCCAAUUUGUACGUUAUUUCGCAAAUGUUGGCCGUCAAGUUCCAUGGUAACUUCCUGAUCAAUCUGCUCGGUGUGUGGGCCGAUGUGGGCGGCGGUGGUCCGGCACGUUCGUACCCGAUUGGAGGGCUUUGCUACUACCUGUCGCCACCGGAAUCGCUUGGACAUAUUGUGGCCGAUCCGAUCCAUGCUGUGCUGUACAUUGUGUUUAUGUUGGGAUCGUGCGCAUUCUUCUCGAAGACGUGGAUUGAUGUGUCGGGCAGCUCGGCAAAGGAUGUGGCCAAGCAGCUAAAGGAGCAGCAGAUGGUGAUGCGUGGCCAUCGGGAAAAUUCGAUGAUUCACGAGCUAAACCGUUACAUCCCGACGGCGGCCGCUUUCGGUGGACUCUGUAUCGGCGCACUGUCGGUGUUGGCCGAUUUUAUGGGUGCGAUCGGAUCCGGUACUGGUAUACUGUUGGCCGUUACCAUCAUCUACCAGUACUUUGAAAUCUUCGUCAAGGAACAGUCCGAGAUGGGUGGUAUGGGCACGUUACUGUUUUAAAAAGGGUGCUUCCUUCCCCCCC